ACGAGGGCAUGUUUUCUGACAGCUUCCUAUCGGUAUCGUGAACAGUUUAAACUUUACGUUGAGUUUCCUCCCAUUUUAGAAAUGAGACGAAGUAACACGCGGGAGGAUAAAAUCAUCCCGGACAUUAUUUAGAUGGGGGUAUUUCAGUGACUGUUGGUACUACUCCGAGACAGCAGUUCUAAUAAAACUGACCUCUUUUCGAUGGCAUCUAUAUUCCUGAUCAAUAGCCAAAGCUCCUCUUUGUCUGCAGCUCUGGACGCGAAGAGCAGAUGAUGGCUCGUGAUGCACAGGGUCCCCUUCACCGGCUGCAGGAAUGGGCGAGAGAGCAGGACAUGAUCAACUUUAGAAGUUUCGAUCAGUUCCGAGAACUCCAUUCCACAGGGACCCGUGCAGAUCAGGAACUACCGAGCAGCCCCCAUCCCAAAACAUCCCUCUCGUUAAAGAAUGGGCGGCUCCAAAGAGGAUGCGAUAUUGAAAGUGAUUUGUUGGUCUCAUCAAUCCAUGGCACAAUAUUCAGCGCGCGUGCCCGCUACAAACUCCACGGUUCAUCCCAGUGACUGUGUUAGUUGAUCCCAGGUGAUCCCUGCGAUGCUCGGUCACAGCUUGAGGUUGAGAAAGAAAGCAGCCUGUAUUCGGGGACAGAUGUCUCUCUCACUGAAUCCCGAACCCGUGGGGAGCGAGCUGGAGCCGGAUGAUCACCUCAGUCGAGUCAAAGCGCUGACAGCGAAACUAAAACUCCAGACUAGGAGACCAUCGUUCGCGGAAUGGAAGGAAAAGCUGGAGAGUCAGCCCUGGAAAACCGGAGAGCGGCGCGACUCUCAGCCGGGAAGGGAAAGUGACCUCAACACCAACCUGUCACCGGGACAGAGCAACAAGGGCGACAUCUCUCGCACCAAUAUCUGCGGCUUUGCAAACAUUGGCGAAGCUUUAGAUUGGCUCAGAAAAGAACUUAGAGAGAUGCAAUCAUUAGAUCAUCAGAUAGCCCGAAAACUCAUUUGCCUGAGGAGAGAGAUUCACAGACUAAAGGUGGAGCAGAUCUGCCAUCAGCACAAGGAGAUGUUGGAUGAUGUGACAUACGGACUGGAGGAAUGUGAAGAGGAGUCAGACUUACUCUUGGAUAUUCCCCUCAAAGCUGUAUUCAGUCUUUCCACACCACUCAAACACAUAGGAGUGACUAAAAUGAACAUUAAUUCCAGAAGGUUCUCUCUCUCCUGAUCUGUACAACGUUGCCUCAAUAUCAGUGUUGGAGUCAGGUUUCAACUCAGUUGAGAAAAGUCCCGGUACAUGAAUUUGGAUAGUCUCAUGGGUCACAUGCUGUGUGGAACUGGUGGUUGUACUGUUUGAUCAAAGCCUCAGAUGUGACAUAUUAUCAGGGUAAUGUUGAUGGAGUUUUGCAUUGUAUUUGUUUUGUGCUACGCCUCACUGGGGGACAUUUUGAUGGUAUUAGUGAUGAGGAUGGUGGCGAGGCUCUGGGGUAAUUCAGUUCACACAGUCCCUCAUCACCUGUACAAAAAAAAUCUCCUAAAUCUUGCAGAAUAUUCAAUACGUCUGCAAUGAUCCUAAUCCACCCACUGCCAUUAGCAGAGAUAAUUAAACGUAUCUGUAUCUUUCUUCACCUUUUGGUUAGAACGCAAGGCCAAGUGCUAAAAAACAAACAGCCAUCGGAGAAAUUAUUUUGGAGUGCUUAGUAAACUUCAAAAACAUUCCUCAAAACUAAUAAAAUUAUUUCAAAGAAUGCUUUGCAAUUUUUCAUUCUGCAUCAGAUAGAAAACCAGAUAGGGUGCGACCUGAAUCAUUAACGGCACAACUGAGUGCUCACCUCAGGAAGGUUGUUGCUAGAGUGAAGCCUCAGUAUAACAAUGUUGGCUGUAAGAAAUUGGAAGUAAAAUUUGGCCCAUUUUUGAGAGGCUGCAUUCCUGUUUAGGAACUGAUUGUGGUCAACUAACUACUGGGAAACUGAGACCUUUUAACAUUGAAAUAUCUCUGUCUUCCUAGCAAUGCUGUGUGCAUGGAUGUGUAUAAGCCACAUUACCUAAUGUCACUCAGAGUAUAAAUGAAGAAAUCAUGUUAUAUUCUCCUCAUUUGCAUGGAAUCAUAAUACACCUGUCACAAAUCGGUAAGCACAUUAUGACCCUGUCCCCAAAACCUGCAGAAUGUUUGAUCAGGCAACAAAAGUACAAAUAGUUCUUGCCCAAUUUCUAACUCCAUUCCCACCCUCCCAGAUAAAGGUGCCUCGGUGACCCCAGAAUGGAGGAAUUUUGACUCUGGCUCACCAUCUUAUAUUGAUUCUACAAUUUUGAUACAAUAUUUUCCAAAAAAUAAUCUUUCCAUUUUAUUGGAUGGUUUUUGUGUUUGCAAUGAUUAUGUUCUCCAUUUAUUCAACAGUGAUGGUUAGUUUAAGGAAUCAUUCUUUCAUCACAGUGAAUCUACAAACUUAGACCUCUUCUGUUACUGUAAUUUACAUCUCUUAAAACAUUUCCCUUCCUAAACUUCUCCCCUCUUCAUUUCUUUUUCCUGCUUUUAAGACCCAUCCUAACACCUUUCUCUUUGACCAAGUUUGACCAACCAGCCUCUCCUAAUCUCCCUUGGUUCACUGUAAGUUUUUUCAGCUUAACUCUUAAAUUAAUGAUGCAAGUUUUUGAUGUUUAUCCAGUACAUCUGCUAUUUUGCCAGGAUUUUCACGCUUCUUUUGCCAAUGCUGCACCAAAUAAGCAGGAAAAACCUGAAUGGAAAUCCACCCCUUCAUGCCUGUAUUUUGUGCAUCCUACUUGAUUAAUUGUCACGAUAACAUCUUGUAAUGCUAUUUCUUGUAAUCCCUUCAUUUUAAAUACAAUAAAACUUUGUUCACACAA